AUGGUGGCUGCCAAGGCGGGCCACAGCAGUGUGGUGGGUCGUCUGCUGGAGGCUGGUGCCCCUUGGAAUGCUCUGGACAAGAAUGGCCUUUGCGCUGGUGAACAUGCUGAGGCGGCUGGACACCAGGACGUGGUCAACCAGCUGGUGGUGGCAGGCUGCCGUGCAGAGCUGAUCCUUGCUGCUGCGGAGCAGCACGUUCGGCCCAACGGUCAGGUGAGCAACCAGGACUUCCUCGCAAGGAGCGUCCGGUACUCUUCAUCGAAUGACAGAAUACUGGAUGAAGAUGGCGAAGCAGUCAUGAUGGAAUGGGAACAGCCACUGAUGGAGGCCCAUGCUGAGGCUAUCUGCUGUUCGGGUGGGGACAUUUUGAAUGUGGGUUUUGGAUUGGGCCUCAUUGAUGCGGCCAUUCAAAGGAGGAAGCCGAGGUCUCAUACUAUUAUCGAGGCUCAUCCAGACGUGCACAAGAAGAUGCUCGACACGGGGUGGGACAAGAAGGAGGGCGUCAAAAUUGUUUUUGCAAGGUGGCAGGAGGUCCUGCCGGGUCUGGGCCCGUUUGACGGCAUUUUCUUUGACACCUACGGCGAGUACUAUGAUGCGGACAUGCGAGAAUUUCACUCGCUGCUGCCGAAAAUUUUGAAACCGGGGGGAGUGUAUUCCUUCUUCAACGGCCUGGUCCCGACCAACCCCUUCUUCCAAGCUGUCUAUCGACAAAUUGUGGACAUGGAAAUGGCGGCGAUGGGAAUUGAGACCACGUUCAUUUCGCUGCCCGUGGAUGCGCCAGAUGAGUCGGUGUGGAAGGGCGUGAAGCACAGGUACUGGUGCAGCGACGCGUACUACCUGCCCGUGUGCGAGUACAUCGAGGCGGAUCACGGAGGUGAAAGUCAGGCCGAAAGCCGGACGCCCCCUUCCUCCUAG